AUGCGUCUUACUACUGCAUGCACGAGUAGAGGAAUGAAUUACGAGAAUUUGAUAUUGCAAUUUUUUUAUUUAAUUAAGUACGGUGUUCGUGGUCAAUCAAGUAGUACAUCACAGAAUCAACUUGUAUUAAAACCAGAUUUGAUUGAACAAGCACAACCAAUUAAUUUUGUAUUUGAUAUUGAAUGUACAAAAAUGCCAUUGAAAUUUCAAUCUCCUGCAUCCGAUCAGAUUAUGAUGAUCUCCUAUACGAUUGAUACUCAAGGUUGUUUAAUAAUAAAUUGUGAAAUUUUCUCUCAAGAUAUUGAUCAUUAUUCCCAAGAUUAUUAUUUAUCACGUCCAUGUGUAUAUAUGGAUUGUAUUAAAUGGGUUAAACGUAAUAGUUACUUACCUAUUGGAAGUCAUGGUCUUAAAGCUGUAAAAAAAGCUAAAUUAUGUUAUAAUCCAAUUGUUUAUCCUGAAAAUAUGUGUCAUUUAGAUGUUGAACAACUACAAACAUUAUCAAAUUAA